GAGCAGGAGUGGCCUGCGACUUUUCCCCUCUCUCACAACGGAUCGCGUUUCAUUUCCCUGUGAGGAGAAAACCCACACCACACAACUGUCCGCGAGCGCACGCUUUUUCCCGCCUCUUUUUUUUCUGUUUCUGAUAUUUUCCCCUCAGAGGACGGAGAAAAGAGAAAGAUAGAUAGAUAGAGAGGAAGAGAGAGGGGAAGAGAGAGAGAUUUCCGAGCUGAGGAAGAAAUAAAAAUAAAAGUGUGUGUGUGAGUGUGUGUGUGUGUGUGUGAGAGAGAGAGAGGAUGGAGGAGCAGCCGCGGUUGAUGCACCCUCACGGGGUGGGCUUGGCCGGUCACCCGGGCCUCACGCACCGUCCCCCGGACGUCACAGCGGGAAGCGACGGCGACUCGAGGAAGCAGGACAUCGGAGACAUUUUACAGCAAAUCAUGACCAUAACGGACCAGAGUCUGGAUGAAGCUCAGGCCAGGAAACACGCUCUGAACUGUCACCGCAUGAAACCUGCGCUCUUCAACGUGCUGUGUGAAAUUAAAGAGAAAACAGUGUUGAGUAUUCGCGGCGCGCAGGACGAGGAGCCUCCCGACCCUCAGCUCAUGCGACUGGACAACAUGCUCUUAGCGGAGGGCGUGUCCGGACCCGAGAAAGGGGGCGGGGCUUCGGCGGUGGCUGCGGCGGCCGCGGCCGCGGUGGGCGGUACCGGGAGCGACAACUCGGUGGAGCAUUCGGACUACAGAGCGAAACUGACUCAGAUACGACAGAUCUACCACACGGAGCUGGAGAAAUACGAACAGGCGUGUAACGAGUUUACUACCCACGUGAUGAACCUGCUGCGAGAACAGUCUCGCACGCGUCCCAUUUCACCCAAAGAGAUCGAGCGCAUGGUCAGCAUCAUCCACCGCAAAUUCAGCUCCAUACAGAUGCAGCUCAAACAGAGCACGUGCGAAGCCGUGAUGAUCCUGCGCUCGCGCUUCCUCGACGCCAGACGGAAGCGGCGGAAUUUCAACAAGCAGGCCACGGAGAUCCUGAACGAGUAUUUCUACUCGCACCUCAGUAACCCGUAUCCCAGCGAGGAAGCGAAAGAGGAACUGGCCAAGAAAUGUUCCAUCACCGUCUCCCAGGUGUCGAACUGGUUCGGGAACAAGAGGAUCAGGUACAAGAAAAACAUCGGAAAGUUCCAGGAGGAAGCGAACAUGUACGCCGCCAGAACGGCCGUCAACGCCGCCAGCGCUUCUGCUCAGGGCAGCCAGGCCAACUCGCCCUCCACGCCCAACUCCGCCGGUUCUGCUGCGUCUUUUAACAUGUCUCACUCCGGCGAUUUGUUCAUGAGCGUUCAGUCUCUGAACGGGGACUCGUACCCGGCGCCGCAGGUGGGCGCUAACAUACAGUCACAGGUGGAUACACUUCGCCAUGUUAUCAGUCAGGCAGGAGGAUACACUGACACUCUCGCUGCCACUCAGCUCUACAGUCCACAGGGCAUCAAUGCGAACGGCGUUUGGCAGGACGCACCGACUCCGUCGUCCGUAACUUCACCUACAGAAGGACCCGGAAGCGUUCAGUCUGACACGUCUAACUAAAAUACUAAAACACACAUGACACACUUACAUACAUGACACGACAACACACUACUCUCUACACGCCAUCACGCCAUCUCUCUCUCUCCCUCUCUCUCUCUUUCUCUCCCUUACUACUGCAGAACAUUUGGAAUAAAAAAAAAAGAAGCAAAAAAAAAAAAGAAGAAAGAACGAACGUACCGACGUUUUUCACUCGUCUCGGAGAGUUUUGUUGGAUAUUUAGUGACGGAUCAAACGAAUCAUUAUCACAGACCCUUAUUGUUCACUUUUAAUUCUUUAUUCUACCUCUGAGAGAGAAAAAAAGAACAGUUCAUACUGUAUGAAAUGAAAAAGAGCAAUCUUGGGUUUCUGAAAGAAACCGUUUCUGUUGUGUCCGAGUGGGAAUUUAUUUUUUCUUUAUUCGGAAUGUUUGCGUCGUUCUGUUCCGCUUGCUUACAAAAACGUAAUCGUUUUCCAUAUUUAAGGAUAAACGUGAAGCGACGGAUGCUUCGUCUAGUCAAAAAUACGACCGACGGUAUUUAUAUGUUGUGGAUACGUUAAUAUAUUUUACGCCCCUGAGAAAAAUGAUCAAAUUUAAUUCUUUAAUCGUUUCUUUUCUGCGUUUUUUUUAUUUUUUUAUUAUUAUUAUUAUUCACUGCCAAGUGACUCAAAAGUGACAUUUCAUGAUGUUCCUAGCCGAGCAGGAACCGGAAUAAUAAUUCAUGAAUAUUUAAUGAGCGCGUGCGGCUUCAUCCAAUCACAGAGCGACAAGUCAGUCCAUCGCGAUGUAACCGUAAACAAAUGAUCUAGGAAUUGUCCAGUGAGGAGAGUUCUGAGGCCCGGAGAAGACGCUUUUCUACAUAAUCGGCGUUAGGAAAUUGCCUAAGAUUUAGCUAAUUGAGCGAACAAAAUAGCGCCCAGGAAUCACUCAUAAAAUCCUGUAAAAGAAAUAAUUACGGAAAAGGAACUUCAACAUUCGCUUGAUCCGGAGACGGUGUUGCUAUGGUAACUGAAUACGGUUUACAGCUGACGAGCAGGCUGAUCGGUUAGCUCGCUUCGUAAAAUACGAAUAUCAAGUCGUCGGUCUCGGUUUACUGUUUUGCUCUCAGCUACCUGUUGCUAACCGUUCGUAUGAAUGACUUCAUUAUUCAUAAUGACAACAACAACGACGACAACAACAACAACACAAACGCCACGUCGCUGAUUUCAUUUGCGCUCAUGUCCUUCCUGACUGUUUUGAUUUAAAGUUUGUUUUGUUUUAACGACGCCAUGCAGCGAACCAUAAUCUUUAUGUCAACUUGUGGCAGAAGCGUUACGUCGUUAUUGUGUGUGUGUGUGUGUGUGUGUGUGUGUGUGUGUGUGUGUGUGUUCCUUCCUGCUCAAUGUUUUUACUUCAGAUCACAUUAAACACUAAAAUGUUUGGCAUUACAACUGAAGUCCUAACAUGUUCCUUCUUUAUCGCUUCACUCGCCUUUGGUUGUGUUUUGCGUGUACAAAAACGGCUGAUCUACGCACACGUAUAUGUAAAACCCUUUUUCUUUAAACAUCUGUUUAUUAUUGUUUAUUGAUUUUUUAAAAAAUCUUUUAAGUUUCCGUCUCCACGCUCCUGAGUUCCAGCGCUGUUCAACUUGAGCGUUCUUAUCGACUUCCCCUAAUGUAUAUCUACGGUGUUUUGGACAGAAACGUUAUUUGUUUGGGUCAGACGUUUAACGCCUAUCAAAGCCUUUUAUAUUUAAAAACGAAAUCCAACGAAACUGCGGAAGUCCACUGAUACUCUAGCUAACGAUAACGUUUAAAUAAACUUCCACUGUGACUUGUAACAAGUUAACCUAAACUACUUGGCUAAUAUUUUCUUUAGCUGAGUAGACGUUUUCUUUAAUCGCCAUUCUAGCUAGCUAGCUAGCCCUGUUCAUGGGUAUUAGCGCGGAUAGGAAAUAAACGUUGUUAUAAUUAUUCAUGUAAACGCGUUGCACUUUACGGCGAUCUUACUCGUUAUGAACGUUAGCGUGAUAGCGUGUUUAAUAACACAUUUUGAUUUUGAAACUUGUAGAUUUUAACGGAACGAAUUGUACUAGAGGAACGAAAUCAGGAAAACUAAACUCUGUAACUUCUCAAAGAACUUCUGAAUUCUCUGGUCAGAUUCCACUGAAAUAAAAAAUCGUUUGCGAAAUGAACCUGAAAGAAAUCGCAUCUUUAAGGUCCUUUAGUCUUUUUGUCUUCUGAAUAAAAUUCAUCAGGCAGAAAAGAUGAUUCACCGAAAGGGGAAAGGACGUGACGUGUCAAAGACUCGGUUUUGAUAA